AUGGAUAAUGCCCAAUACCAUCCUCAUCCUCCUCACUCAAACACCUACGCCAACACCACCCCACCAGCCGAACCCACCAACAACAACCUCCUAAUCUACCAACCCCUCCAUCCCACCAUGCGAACCCUCUUAGAUCCCGAAUACAUCGCCUUCCACGACUCUUGCAUUCAAUAUCUCGUCCCCGACGAACACCUUCAUUCUUGGAAUUCUCCUUCUAGAUCAUCUCCGCUCUCGACAUUAUCCGAAGGAGGAGGUGGUGGAAAUGGAAAUGGAAACGGACCAUGCCGAGUCGGAUUAGUAAGGGAUGUGCAGUUGGAAAGAUGUCGUGUGAGGAUUUUUGUACCGGCGGGAUCGAAUUGUAGUAGUACCGGCGGUGGUGGUGGCGGUGGCGAGCAGGGGGUGGUGGUGCCGGGAAAGUAUCCUGUGUUGUAUUGGUUACAUGGAGGAGGGUGGGUGACGGGUGGGUUGGAUAGUGAGAAUGAUUUUUUGAUGUAUCUUUGUCAAACUUCACAGUGUAUUGUCGUGACAAUCGACUAUCGACUCGCGCCAGAAUUUCCCUAUCCGAACGCUGCAGAAGACGCCGUAGAAGCGCUCGUAUGGCUGUUGAAAGAAGCGCCGAAAUACUAUGCCAUGGAUCUGGAAAGAGUGGCCAUAGGGGGAACAUGCGCUGGAGGAAAUCUAGCAGCGGUGCUAGUCCUGGAAGCAGCCUGCCUAUUCCCCUCAUUCAAGCCCGUCCUCAUGCUCCUCAUCGUACCCGUCAUCGAUAACACCGCCCUGCCCGGUGAAGGAUGGUAUAAUCUCCACUCGCCCUGGCUGACGCCCGCCAGAAUGCUGUGGUAUCGGAGAAUGUAUUUGCCCCAUGGAAACGGUCGAGACGAGAGAUACCCCGAACGAGAGAAUUGGCAGACAUCGCCCAACUUGGCACCGAGCAAGAUCCUCUCCAGGUGUCCGCCCACCUGGCUCGCGGUGGCCGAGUACGAUUUGCUCGCGACUGAAGCGUUGGCGUUUUCGAGCCAGUUGAGGGCGUCCGGAGUGCAAACUACGGUGAAAGUGUAUCCGGGCUCGACGCAUGCGAUACUCGCUCUGAGUGGAGUGUUGAGUAAGGGGCGGGAGCUCAUGCUCGAUGCUGCACAGGCAUUGAAUAGCGCAUUCUGGCCGAUACGGAUGGAUCCUCUGCUCGGGUGGACAUUGUGUAGUAGCUGA